CACUCAUAAUCCUUAAACUUAUCAAAUCUCGAUCAUUUUCCAUCAACAUUCAUUACAAGAUAAAGCCUGUCAUGCUUAGGACUAAUGACAAAACAUCUUCAUUGAAAAAUCAGGCAACCAACCACACAAGACAAGUAAAUGGGACAAUCCAACACCUUGUAUAAGACCAACAUACUUCUCUUUCUCCUCAACAAUCCUAAGACAUGGACAACAACCAUGGAGCCUCCAAGUCACGAGGUCGUCACACCACCAGAAGCAAGUUCGUGGGCGUGAGACAGAGGCCCUCGGGCAAAUGGGUCGCAGAGAUCAAGAACACAAGUCAAAAGAUCAGGAUGUGGCUGGGGACAUUUGACACGGCUGAAGAGGCUGCUCGAGCCUAUGAUGAGGCGGCCUGCCUCCUUCGUGGCUCAAAUGCGAGGACCAACUUCUUCAACAGCAUUCCCUGCAACCCUGCGCUCUCUUUGAAAAUAAGAAACCUUUUCAACCAGAAGAAAGGCCUAACCAACAAUCAAAAAACACACACUGUUUCUUCUACUAGUAGUACUAAUCCUACUUGUAGUGACAACAACAUUAGUGUCUUGAACCCACCAUACUUCGAGGAUGCGAACAAGCCACGUUCGAGCUGCUUCGUGGGAGGAAAUGAAGCGCCUCGUUGCAGCUACUUGGAUCAAGCUUCUGCAUAUGUGAUGGAUCAUCAUCAACAAGAAGGUUUCUAUUUCCAAAAGGGAGAGAAUGAGGGGCAGUUUUCGGAUUUCGAACUGAUGAAUGAGUGCAGUGAUCCUUCCUGGGAUUUUCCAACUCUGUGCCAAAUAUUCUGUUAAAGAUCAAAUCUUUCAAGAAUUCCUUUUAGAUCAGUAGUUUGUAGUUCCUUCUCGGAAAGCCCAUUUUAUUUACUUGCAUGAACUUAUUAAUUUGGCCUUUUCUUGAUAAGCAC